AUGGAACAGGGAGAAAUUUGGGGUGCUAAAACUUGUGGUCAAGAGUGGUUUUGGAUAAGCUUACUACUCUUCUUAGGCAUGAUCACCACUACAGUGAAGGGAUCAAUUCACGAGUAUAGAAACGAAGCUUUUACUCCGAAGACAAAUGCCUUCUUUUUCCAUGGUGGUAGUGAAGGUCUUUAUGCUUCUAAAGCUCCUCCUCCUCCUGAUUCAUCUGCUACCAUACAAUCGGGAAAAUCCUUCAUCAGGUUUGAAGGGGUGACGUUUAGGAGGACGAAAGAGUCAGCAAGUCGGCAAGAGGAAAUGCAGCAGAGUACUGGAGUGGUUGAAGCAAUCAUACUUGAUGUGAAAGAUAGGAAGAGGAUUGGAGGGGCAUUUUUGAAGACUAAUGCUAUAUGUUGUAAUAGCACACUUGCAAAGACGGGUUCUUGCAAGUUAGGGGAGGUGAUUUUACAGAAGAAUCCGGAUGAUCCUGACUGGCCUAGGGUUAUUAAGACUUACUUUGCGGGGAAAAGUGAAGAAGCAAAAAUGGAAGCUGAGGAAGUUGAGAUAAAAAGUAAUGGAAUGUACUAUCUUUAUUUUAUGUUUUGUAAUCCGGAAUUGAAGGGGACGUUGAUUAAUGGAAGGACUGUGUGGAAGAACCCAAAUGGUUAUUUGCCGGGAAAGAUGACUCCUUUGAUGACAGUCUUUGGAAUUAUGUCUUUAGCUUAUCUUGUGCUUGGAUUAGCAUGGUUCUUAAGGUUUGUUCAAUUUUGGAAGGAUAUUAUACAGUUGCAUUACCACAUUACAGCAGUUAUUGCUCUUGGAAUGUGCGAGAUGGCUGUUUGGUAUUUUGAAUAUGCCAAUUUUAAUUCGACUGGAUUGAGACCGAUGGGUAUUACAUUGUGGGCUGUAACCUUUACCACUGUGAAGAAGACUCUAUCCCGCCUUCUUCUUUUGGUUGUCUCAAUGGGCUUUGGUGUGGUUAGGCCAACCCUUGGUGGCAUAACAUCAAAGGUGCUUCUUCUUGGUUUGGUGUAUUUUAUUGCUUCUGAGGCACUUGAGCUCGUUGAACAUCUGGGAAACAUCAAUGACUUUUCAAAGAAAACAAAGGUGUUUUUGGUGCUUCCAGUUGUCUUCCUAGAUUCCUGCUUUAUUCUCUGGAUUUUCUCAUCACUAUCAAAAACUUUAGAGAAGCUUCAGAUGAAGAGAAACAUGGCUAAGUUAGAACUGUACCGGAAGUUUACCAAUGCCCUUGCAGUGUCUACACUGCUCUCCAUUGCCUGGAUUGGUUUUGAGCUAUACUUCAAUGCAACUGAUCCGCUAAGUGAGCUGUGGCAAGUUGCUUGGAUCAUCCCUGCUUUCUGGACUCUGCUUGCAUACUUUCUCUUGGUGGUGAUAUGUGUUCUCUGGGCUCCUUCACGGAACACAACUAGAUAUGCAUACUUAGAGGGGGAGGACUUUGACGAGGAGGGUAUAUCAUUGACAACUGGGGAUGUUGCAAAUAAGCUGGAAAGGAAUGCACUUGUUGAAGAUCUUGAGGAGGAUAAGCGAGAAUAG